UUGGUGCAGAAUUCAAACCCUUCGAGUGGACAAGCGAGCCGGACAACCGGAGCCACACCGAUGUUGAUUUUUGUUUGUUAAAGGAAGAUUGUUUUGUUUUUUUUAAGUUUGCGGUGACAACAUGAGAGUCAGUGAAGUCCACGCAGCAGAGUGCGGCGCCUACCUCAACAGAGCCCAGGUCAGGCUGCAGGAUAUCUGGGAUGAAAUCGGGAUUCCAGAGGAACAGCGCGUACAGAGGACCAAUGAUGUUCACAAGCACAUUAAAGGUCUGCUGGACCUAAUGAUUGCAGAAGAAGAGGAGCUCAAGAAGAGAUUACUGAAAAGCAUACAGUUGUGUGUUAAAGAGCUUAAUAAUCUGUGCAGUGAGCUUCAGCUGCCCCCCUUUGAGGAGGAAGAUGGCUGCACCAUGUUGCAGAUGGAGAAGAAUAGCCGCACACGUUUAGAGUUGAUGAAGGAGCACAAGAGGCAAAGAAUGGAAGAGCUUAAGGGCCUCAUUGGCAAAGACCGUGAGCUGUGUGAUAUUAUGUGCACUACUCCAUUUUGCAUUGACCAAGACUCCAUCCCAUCACUGAAGCAGCUUGAGACAUAUCAUGCCUACAUGGAUGAUCUGACCAAAGAGAAGGAACGUCGCCAUGAUGAAUUUGUAAGCGUCAAAAAGGAAAUCGUCGUAUUUAUGGCUGAUCUGGAGCGACACCCAGAAGCCAGCUUUGAGAUGGAUGUGAUGUGUGAGGAUGAGGAGGCAUUUUGUCUGUCAAAUGACAACAUUGCUGCUCUGAAAGUACUUCUCAGUGAGUUACAAGAGCAAAAGGCUGAGAAUGAGCACCGUUGUUCAGCUUACCGCUCUAAGAUUCAGGAGCUGUGGGAAAGACUUAAGAUUCCCCAAGAGGAGAGGGAAGACCUCUCUGAGCAUAUGGUCAAGUCAAAUAAGAGAAACAUUGAGGCACUCCAGGCUGAGAUCCAGCGUCUAGAGGUGCUGAAAAUGCAGAGCAUGAAGUCUGUCAUUGAGGCCAUCAGAGCUGAGAUUGCUCUUUUCUGGGAAAGAUGCUUCUACAGCCAAGAACAGCAGCAAGCUUUUUUCCCAUAUCAUGAUGAUGAUUUUACUGAAGAUCUUCUCAACCUGCACGAGGCAGAGGUCAAGUCCCUUAAGAUGUGUUACGAGGGCCACAGGGAGCUCUUUGAGGGAGUCACAAAAUGGCAGGAGAACUGGACCUUGUACUUGGAACUUGACAAAAAGGCAAAUGACCCCUCAAGGUUCAACAACAGAGGUGGGAACCUUCUGAAAGAAGAGAAGCAGAGAGCUGAUCUGCAGAAAAGUUUGCCUAAGCUGGAAAAGAGUCUUAAAGCCCAAAUUGAUGCCUGGGAGGAGGAGCAUGGCAAAGAAUUCCUCGUCAAUGGACAGAAAUUUCUAGAGUACGUGCAGCAGCAGUGGGAUCACCACCAUGCUGAAAAGGAGCAAGAGAAACUGGAGAGGCAAAUGAAGAAAACAAAACAGACACAGGAGGACAUGUUAUAUGGAACUUCAAUGAGAACACCAUCCAAAAGGCGGAUAGCAGGGACUCCCACGCCUGGAAAAGUAAGAAAGCUCAAUGUCACCUCAACCAUCUCCACUCCGAACAGCUUCCUUAGUUCAGGCCUCAGUGGAACCAUGUGCCAGUCCUCCAUCCAGAAACCACCUCUGUCUGCCAGCAAGGGUCUUGGCCUGCGAACCCCUGGACAUGGAAAAACUCCCCGUGCACUAGACAGAAACAAGGAAAACAUCUCCCAUCUAAGAAACACUCCAAGUGGCACACUAAGGUCUCAGGAUACUCAAGAUCACACCUUCACCUUUAACCCUGUUGCUGCCUCCUAUUCGGAAUUUGCGAGGGACCUCUCGAAGGCUUCUAAAUCAAAUGUGAAGUCUGGACUGCUGAACUCCACUGUCGGUCAUCAGUGAUGGGGUCAUACCGGCUGCUCCGGCGCCAGAAGUCCUCUAGCUCAGCUGUAGUUUGGUGUAGUAUUCAGAUAGUGGACCAGAGGGAACAUUGUUAACUUCUUACAAAAAAUGUAAAUAUUUUAGUCUAUGUAAACACUUCCCGUCUCUAUCAAUUCUGUUUUCUGGAGACUUUAUUCCAGGGAUAACCCUACUACUGUUUUCUCUGCUUUAUGUGUUUUUGUGGCAAGUUAUUCAUAUUUCUAUCAAGUUGCUUGUGGCUUUUUUAUCAGACAUUUUUUCUCUUUGGGGCACAGCUUUUUAAAUGAAAAUUGAACCAUAUCUAGAUCACUACAUUGUUGUAGUGCUGUAGCAGCUAGCCAAUGCACAAUUGUUGUAUUCCUCCAGCUGGGAUGACAGCUAAAUUUGCUCUUCAGAGUAUUUUUUUGUUUUAGAUCAAGUUGUAAAUAAACUUUUAAGAUACCUAUUUA